AUGCGAAUAUCAUUGCAGAACCCUUUCUUGUUUUUUGGCAUUGACGAAUUCGAAAAAAAUCAGAACAACAAUCAAUUCUUUGAUGGGGACAAGUCGGAUCCUCAACUUUGUCUGGAAAAUCCUUUGGUUGGCUUUUGGUUGAUUUGUUCUGAAUUGUUUGAUUAUCUAUGGGCGACAACCUUUGGCGACGAGUAUUAUAGCGAGCCGCCGUUGUCAAUCAUCCGUGGCAUCAAGCAAAAACGUUCGGCACCUUCUCAGUCCUUUUUCCGACCAGAAAGUUCAACCCAUCACACUCAACAAGCAAUUCAGAAGAUCACGGAUCAACGGAAGCGCCAUUGUACUCUGACUGACAAUAGAUAUGAUGCACUGGUGGAUGAUGAUGAAUCGAUUGGGACAAAUGAUGACAAUGCGGAGGCUGCGGACGACGAUGCCACUACCAUUGGCGGCGAUGCCUUCCAACAACCAGAUAAGGACGAUGAUGACGAUGAAAUACUGGUGACAGAGGUCCGUAACAACCCAAGACGCCCACCACUUUCUUCAGAUGAUGAUGACGAUGAAGAGGACGAGGAUGAUGAUGUGGCAAGCAACGCUGGGGAGGUUCAGUCAGAGUAUGUAGAAGCACCGGGGAGGUCAGAAGAUGACAACAUGGCGGUGGACGGCUUGACAAGCCCUACUCAGGUCUCUCAGGAUAGCUCUUCAUUGAUAAACACACCUCCACCUACACGUCGCCUACCUCCACCGCUCACUCUUGCUGAGAAACUUAACAAAUUAAUUCAAGUUAACUUGGAUGGGAUGACAUGCAGAUGUCAUAUUUUUGAGACCACAUUUGCGACAAAUUACUUGGGAUCGGACUCCGGCACGGUUGCUGAGACAAUUUUAUCUGCGGUGCUGACGUCAAUGGAGGAAGCUUUGAACAACUCCUUUCACAAGUUGAAGAUCCUUCCUAUCUCUGACGACACUUAUAAACAACAGAACCGGUGGAUCCGGAACUCGGUGGAGUUACGCAACAAAAUUUCGUCCUACCGGGCCCUGAGUCUCUACUGCAAUAUGGAAUAUGGGAAUUCUCCUUAUGCGGCAACCAACAGCAAGCCUGGCGAGAAGAAACUACGGACCUGCAUGCGGGUGGGCUUUGCAAGGGACAUGUCGGCAGAGGCGGUCCAAGACUAUCUUCACACUGGUCUACGUUCCCAGGGUCGUGGUGCAGGAUGUUACCCUUCGCCGCUUCAUUAUGGUGACAUUGUUAAAGUGGGUUGCUUUGCCUUCACUCCGCCGGAGGUUAACUUUGAAGCCUACGCGAAAGAAAUCAUGCGUCACUUUGACUUCGCUAUCCCUAUUGGAAUCAAGAUGGAUUGGGUUUCUACUCCUUACACAGGACGUGCUAAAUUCAAUGAACGUUCCCCCGGUGUAACAAGUCCCCAUGGGUACGCCCGCAAGAUUCAUGCCAAACGAGUGGAUCAAGAAUUAAGAAGCCUUCUUCAUCCAUCCACAACAAAGCCAGACUUCCCCUUUGCUGCUCCGGCUACAUUUAUUAGUGAUUGGAAGUCUGCUCAACAGGGACUGAUUAAUGUGAAGGCCUACUGUCCGGUCAAGGACGCUAACCUCACCCUUAUUAGCAAACUACGUGACUACUAUAUCCUGACAGAGGUCCUGUAUUUGGUCAUGGACCUUCCUGGGAUGUUCAAGUUCGCUACUACCACUAUGUUUGGCGCAUGCACCUUGUUCAAGGUUCUCUUGUCGAUCAAGGCAACCCCGGCUCAAGCCGACAAAGCUUCGCAUGCUCACCAAUCAACAACUGAGACUGUUGACUCGGACGAUGACUCUUCUGACGACGAUUCCAAUGUAGCCUCUGACUCUAAAGACGGCCAAUUCACGGAAGUUCAGUCUAAGAAGGCGGCGACAAAGGUGAAAAAGAAGGUGAAGAAGAAGAAGCAGCCGAUCACUGACAAUGAGAAUCCGUUCCUUAAUGAUCUCUUUCCAGCCCAACGAAAAAUGGCUGAGGCUGCUGACCGUAAGCUGAAGAAUGAUCAGGAGCGUCACAAGUCCAGUCCGUUGUUCUUGAUGGUUCUACCAGGCGGGAUGGAGGGCACCUACAUCCUGGUGUGUCGCAAGAAGUUUGGACAAUUGGCUCGUAACGUCUUGAAGGGCUUGAUCCCUUUUCUUACUCAUCACCUGUAUGAGCCAACUCUGACAAAACCCGAUCAAGCCCUUUGUAAAUGGGUUCCGCAAUCAGAGAUCAGUAUGGUUCGGCGUAAGAACCUCAAAUGGUGCACAAACACCCUCCGUGCAGUGGAGGCUACCGCAUUGCCAGAGGCGGUGGAAGAAGCACUAGAGUUUCUGGAAGAUGUUAUGGAAGAUGCAACGGAUGUCUACCACGGCCAACUCUCGAUUGAUUUGGACAUGGCUAACAACAAAGACAUUGAUGAUGGGAAGACAGUGACGGGAAUGAUGGACGAGAUGCAGGAACGAGAGCAACAACUGGAAGAUGCCUUCAAUGAGAUUGAGAUUUGGGACAAUGCACUUGAGGCUCAGGAGCGCGCCUUGGCACAACAACGUGCGGACAAUGCGGCACUGCAGGUACAGCUUGCUGCCCUUCAGAGCCAGGUCAGCCAUCCACCUACCAUGAUGGUUCAUCCACCUCCCACUCCACCUCACAACAAUCGCGUGUCCCCUGACCGUCAAGCAUUGACUCCACCGGUCAGACCUAGCAACAGAACCUUAGGCAAGUCACCCACUGGGAAGAGCUCUAUUGUUCCCAACACAGUGACAAAACCAAAGAAGGCCAUCAAGCAGGGCAAACCACCUAAACAACCAGCCAAGAAGGCCCGUACAAGUACAGGUUUUCAAUUUCAGGAACCAUCUCCUGCUCAAACCUUGGCGGCCCCGGCUGUUCAAGUAGACAAGUCUCACAUGGAAGGGGACAACACCACUUCUGCGUCUCAAGAUGAGAGCCAAACCUCAUCUCUUACUGCGUCUACCCCGCGAGGUGGAGGGCCUCCAUUCUUCUCUCCUCCUCCUGGGAAGGCUCAGAGUGAUGGCGCCAGUAAAUCUUCUCGGUCCGCCCGCGGAGCUCCCCGCUCCGCGGAGGGGACAUGA